CUUCACGCGACAUUCAAAACAGAUAAGUUCUCACGAAGAGGCAGAAAAACAUUACAUUCGUUCGUCAGUCUUCCUCAAAAGCAGCAAGUUUUAUCAGUUCUUGUUCCAAAAUUCUGACUCCAUACAGUGUAACAGAACAGUAGAAAAAGUGAUAAGAGCUUGGACGGACAACAGAAUGGCCAUAACCGUCGCUACCGUUGCCACCACUCCCUUCGAGGGACAGAAACCCGGCACCAGCGGAUUGCGAAAGAAGGUCAAAGUGUUCACCCAGAAAAACUACACAGAAAACUUCGUCCAGUGCAUUCUGGAUGCCAAUGGAAGUGCCCUGGCGGGAUCGACCCUGGUUGUGGGCGGAGAUGGCCGUUACUUCUGCCGGGAGGCUUGUGAGCUGAUCGUUCGGAUGUGCGCCGCUAAUGGAGUGGCCAAGGUUCUGGCAGGGCAGAACGGCAUCCUUUCCACGCCGGCCGUAUCCAGCUUGAUUCGUCGCCAUAAGGCGCUGGGCGGGAUCGUCAUGACCGCUUCCCACAAUCCGGGCGGCCCGGACAAUGAUUUCGGGAUCAAGUUCAACUGCGAGAACGGGGGACCAGCUCCGGACCAGUUCACCAAUAAGAUUUACGCGUUGUCGGGAGAGAUCAAGGAGUACAAGAUCGCAGAAGGGUUGGAGAUUGACGUGUCGAAGAUCGGGGUCAACAGUUACGACCUUGGCGGGAAAUCAUUCGUCGUGGAGGUGAUCGAUUCCGUGGCGGACUAUGUCCGCCUGAUGAAGGAGAUCUUCGAUUUUGACAAGCUGAAGGACUUUGUCGGGGGAAAAUCGCGGAAUGGACAGCCGUUGAAAAUGAGGAUCGAUUCGAUGAACGGUGUAACCGGAAGUUACGUCAACGAGAUAUUCGUCAAUUGUCUGGGAGCUUCGAAGGACGGAGUGGUUCACACGACUCCCCUGCCGGACUUUGGCGGGCUUCAUCCGGAUCCCAAUCUCACUUACGCAAAGGAUCUGGUUGAAGCCGUCCGGAACGGAGAUUACGACAUUGGAGCGGCCUUCGAUGGGGACGGCGAUCGCAACAUGAUUAUUGGCCGCAAUGCGUUCUUUGUGACCCCUAGCGACUCUUUGGCGGUCAUUGCUCACUACCUAGAGUGCAUUCCGUACUUCAAAAAGAAUGGCGUCACUGGCCUGGCCAGAAGUAUGCCAACAGCUUCCGCAGUGGACUUGGUGGCCAAGGCCCUGAACAAGGAACUGUUCGAAGUCCCAACCGGUUGGAAGUAUUUCGGUAACCUGAUGGACGCCGGCCGCCUGUGUCUUUGCGGCGAGGAAAGUUUUGGCACCGGUUCGGAUCACAUUCGCGAGAAGGACGGAAUCUGGGCGGUUCUGGCGUGGUUCUCCGUCAUGGAACACACCGGAAAGAGUGUCGAAGAAAUCUGUGUUGAACACUGGAAGCGCUAUGGACGCAACUACUUCACCCGUUACGAUUACGAAGAGUGUGACCUCGCCCCAUGCAACGAAAUGAUGGCCACUCUCGAGAAAACCAUCACCGAUCCGUCCUUCGUCGGGAAAGAUUUCUCCUCCGGGGGUAAGACCUACAAAGUCAAGCUGGGAGACAACUUCAGCUACAACGACCCCAUCGACAAGUCCGUGUCCACAAAGCAGGGCCUCCGAAUUGUGUUCACCGAUGGAAGCCGCGUCGUGAUGCGUCUCAGCGGAACCGGAAGCUCCGGAGCCACCGUCCGGCUGUACAUCGAUUCCUACGAGAAGGACAACGUGCUCGGACAGGCGGCCGUUAUGUUGAAACCCCUGAUCGAUAUUGCCCUGGAAAUCUCUAAACUGCCGAGCUUCACCGGUCGCAAUGCGCCAACCGUCAUCACGUAAGAUGCAGCGUGGCUCAGAAGCUAUCGUUCGCUGUUAUCAAGCCAUAUGCACGGUUAUCAGCUCUGUUUGUAGAAAUUUAAACCUAGCUAAUAAAGUACCAAAGUGUCAUCACAUCAUAGCUCUUGUUCAGGUUCCUUAUUGCCGGUUCCUAGCGUUAGAGAAGUCAUCGUUUGUGCAUUUUGAUUAAGUUUCGUUGUAUCUGUAUGCGUUUUGUUUCGAAUGUUUAGAAGAGUUCAAAUAAAGUUAAACAAAUUUUAUUAUCUCGAGAA